UAAGUUCAGUAGUUCUGACCAGUGAAUGGUUGCUAAUAGCUGGCUGUGUCUUGUGGUAGCGUGAAUUAGCCGGGGCGGCUGGCUGGGUGAUCUCCAGUCUCAGUCUCUCCCCUCUCUCCUCUCUCUCUCCCUCUCUCUCUCUGGUCUCGGGAGCCGUAUAGACAUCAAGGCUGGUGAGAAAGGGGGGAAGCCAUGAGAUCAAUGCCCUGGCUAUUCACUUCAUGACGUUGCACGACGGGAAAUGCUUUGAAUACUUGCGACAUGGCCGCUGGAAUUGAUCGCCAAGAUUGACAGCACUAACCAUCGCUUCACUUGUUCCUCAGAGAAUAGCAAUAUUAUUUUCCUGCAGCCUUUCGGCAACUUCUGCAAGCGACUCGGAACCCCCCCCACCCCCUCCUCCUCCUCUCCCCAUCACCCACCCCCACCUCUCCAUGGCCCGUGGACGCCACAGCUGACUUUAGGCUCUUCCUUGCUGCUCUUUUGUUAUUUUUUAAAGAAAAAAUAUAUAUGUAACGAUUGUUUUAAAAUUAGAUCCUUCUCACGACACGGGAUAGCACGGCGCUGCCUCUCGUCAGACUGGCUUCUAAGGAGAGAAAACAUCAGUCAGGAUUCCUGAUCCAGUUUGCUAUCAUCUGAAACCUACAGAAAAAAACAUUUGUAUGAAUACUGCUGGAGAGAAGACUGGGCCUCGCGAGGAGGAAUACUUUGUGGAGCAGAAUGUCUUCCAAGCAAGCUGCCUCUCCGUAUGGUUCAUCUGCUGAUGGGGAGGAAGCCAUGGUCCAGGAUCGACUAGUACGGGAGAGGGAGAGGGAGGAACUGAACGACCAGCACUCGGCCUCACACCUGCCCCUGCACACGAUAGUGAUCAAUAAACCACCGCCCGAGGAGCAUACGCCCAUGGGCGGCAGCCUGCAAUCCGACAACGACUGGGACAGGAUGUCCAGCACUCAGCACCGAGCAGAUAGUGACAACAACAAGGUCUGUUCCUUGUACUCCUUCCGCAAUGCAACUACCUCACCACACAAGCCAGAUGAAGGAGGCCGAGAUCGCAGUGACGUGAUCUCUGGGGCAGCGUUUGGAACGCCCGAACGGCGCAAAGGAAGCUUAGCUGACGUAGUGGACACUCUCAAGCAGAAGAAGCUGGAGGAGAUGACAAAGACCGAGCAAGACGAAUCAUCUUGUGUCGAGAAGUUUCUCUCGAAGGACUGGAAAGAGAAGAUGGCCGGACUCAAUACAGGGGAGAUUCUUGGCGAGAUCAAAGGUACACCGGAGAGCCUUGCGGAGAAGGAGCGCCAGCUGUCCGCCAUGAUCAACCAGUUAAUCAGCCUCCGGGAGCAGCUCCUGGCCGCACACGAUGAGCAGAAGAAAUUAGCAGCAUCGCAGAUCGAGAAACAACGGCAGCAAAUGGAGCUUGCCCGCCAGCAACAGGAGCAGAUUGCAAGACAACAGCAGCAACUUUUGCAGCAACAGCACAAAAUCAACCUCCUCCAACAGCAAAUCCAGCAGGUUCAAGGUCACAUGCCUCCGCUCAUGAUCCCGAUUUUUCCACACGACCAGCGGACGCUGGCAGCACAACAGGGAUUCCUCUUUCCACCGGGAAUAACAUACAAACCAGGUGAUAGCUACCCUGUGCAGCUCAUUCCGUCGACAAUGGCAGCUGCUGCUGCAUCUGGCCUCAGCCCACUACAGCUCCAGCAGCUGUACGCAGCACAACUGGCAAGUAUGCAGGUCUCUCCUGGUGCUAAGAUCCCGUCCACCCAACAGCCCACAACUCCGGCCGGUACCCUCUCUCCAACGCCUCUGAAGAGUGAAAAGCAUGGAAGCAGCCCUGUGCCUCAAAUUAAGGAUGAAGGCGCUCAGCCACUGAAUCUGUCAGCCCGGCCCAAGACAUCUGGUUCGGUGCGAUCUCCCACAUCACCCACACAAAGCUUCUUCCACACAAACAAGUCUAGUCCCAUCAACAUGCCCAACAAAAGCAUCAUCCCCAGCCCAGUGGCUGGUGCUCCCGGGAGAGGAUCCUCUUUAGACAUCCUGUCCACUCUGAAUUCGACAGCCUUUCUGGGUGACCAGGAUGCAGUGAUGAAAGCCAUACAGGAAGCUCGGAAGAUGCGAGAACAACUACAACGCGAGCAGCAGCUGCAGCAGUCUGGGAUCGAUGGCAAGAUCCCGUCCAUGAACAACCUCGGAAUGAACUGCACGGGUAACAAGAUCAAUGACAUGCCAUGCAGUGUGACAUACUGUUCUAGACCAGGGAAGUACAAUGUAGCAUACAGUCUUCAAGCCGUUCCCAGCUAUCCUGUUAUUGAACGGGUGCCCUUUGAGAAUCUUGCACAGCAGCUGACAGGAAAGACAGGUGAAGAGGUGAAGGUUGGUCCAGGUGUCAUUGACCUGACAAGGCCAGAAGAUGCAGAAGGGAGUACUACAGUACCGGAGGCUCGGGUCUACAGAGAAACCAGAGGCCGCAGCAACAACGAACCGCACAUCAAACGGCCAAUGAACGCCUUCAUGGUGUGGGCGAAGGAUGAGCGCAGGAAAAUACUGCAAGCCUUUCCAGACAUGCACAACUCAAACAUCAGCAAGAUAUUGGGAUCUCGCUGGAAGUCCAUGUCCAACCAAGAGAAGCAGCCGUAUUACGAGGAGCAAGCGAGACUCAGUAAGAUGCAUCUGGAGAAAUAUCCCAACUACAAGUACAAGCCCAGACCCAAGCGCACAUGCAUUGUGGACGGCAAGAAGCUGCGCAUUGGUGAAUACAAGCAACUGAUGAGGAAUCGCAGGCAGGAGAUGAGACAGUUCUUCACCGUAGGGCAGCAGCCCCAGAUCCCCAUCACCACGGCGGCAGGUGUGGUCUACCCCAGCGCCAUCUCCAUGGCGGCGCCCGCCGCUUCGCCGCAGCUGACAUCCGAGUAUUCCAGUGAGUCCGGCAGCCCCGAGCCCAGCAUUGCCGUCAUCCAGAGCACUUACAGCAUGAAGACGGAGAGCAGCAACCUGCCCACCAGCGAGAUGACUAACGGCGAGGAGGAGGUGGAGAUGUACGAGGACUUUGAGGAUGAUCAGAAAUCAGACUAUAGCAGUGACAAUGAGAAUCAGGAGGCCAUCAGUGCCAACUGAACUACAGCUGCAAUCAGACGCUGACUCUGAUCAAAAAAAAGUUAUUGUUGAGCUUGCAUGUGUGGUCCUACAGACUCAUCAACAAUGGUCUUAACUGUUACUUAAUGUGUGAAGCAUUCUGAUUUGUUUUUUUUUAACGUAUCAUGGACAUUUUACAUUACUGGCUACAGCCUGAAAACAAAAAAAAAACAAAUGAAAACAUCAGGACUUGAAAGUUGUUGCUUAAUAUAAAUUCAUAGCUAUCUGGCAGUCUUAAUUUUAAUUUAGCUUUCUCUUCUGUGAGCUUUUAUUUUUUCCAGUGCUUUGGUUACUUUUUUUCGUAAGGGUCGGGGGGGGGGGAUUAUAACCUCACUCAGGUAUGCUGUGCCAACCAGCAACUUGUCAAUGUGUUUUUAAUCUGAACUAUUUAAAAUAAUUUAAAUUUCGUAGUUCUCAACAACAAAAAACCCAGAAAGUUGGGUAGGGGAUCGGGGUGGGGAACCAACAUUAAAGAUGACAACACGCACAAAAAGUAUCACGUCAAUCAAUGUGCCAGGCCUUGGCUGGCUUUCUUGACAUCUUUUUGUUUUGUUUUUCUUUUUUGAUUUGCAUCUUGUACAGUUUGUG